GCCUGAGGGGACCCCGUUUGAGGAUGGAACCUUUAAGCUUACAAUAGAAUUCACUGAGGAAUAUCCGAAUAAACCGCCUACAGUUAGAUUUGUCUCUAAGAUGUUUCAUCCAAAUGUCUAUGCUGAUGGUAGUAUAUGUCUGGAUAUACUGCAGAACCGCUGGAGUCCAACCUAUGAUGUCUCUUCCAUUUUAACAUCCAUACAGUCUCUAUUGGAUGAACCUAAUCCCAAUAGUCCAGCAAACAGCCAGGCUGCUCAGCUGUACCAGGAGAACAAGCGGGAGUAUGAAAAGCGUGUUUCUGCAAUAGUAGAACAGAGCUGGCGUGAUUGUUGACCCCAAGCACAGCAAAAGAGGCUGGCCAUAAGAAAAAAAUAUAUUGAUGUGUUUGUCACCUUCCUAUUCCUCAGUGUCAUUACAUUUACUUUAUUAAAAACAAAAUAGCUGUUGUGCUGUUUCCAUCUUCCCUUGCUUUUCCUACCCCUCCUACCCUCUCCUUGAACAUCAGAAAACACCCUCUAUGAAAUCAAAUGUACUGUACCUGGGUUACUUGCAAAAUUGACUAAUGCUUAACUCCUUUUCUGUUGUAUCUCAUCUCCGGUUUUCAGGAAGUUAUUUGUGUUACUGUACUUUUACACUAAGCUUUUAAAAUGUUAUUUUGAAUUGUUAUACAAGUGGUGCUUAUGCAUAGCUUGAUGACCAGGAUGCUAUUUUUAACAAGAUGAUUGCUGAAGUGUCGUUCUGGCUGGUCCUUCAUCAUGUUAGAUUUAGAAGUGAAUGCCUUUGGGAUAUGGCCUCUAGAAAACAGGGAAACGCAUCCAUAUAAACAUCAAUUUUGAAAGAGGAACAAUCCCAUCAUACUUAGAGAUCUAAGCAGAAUGAAUUACAAGAUGGUAUUUAUUGUUAGGGAAAAGUGUUGAAGGACUCAGCCAGAGGAGUACAGCAAUUGUAGUUAACUGACACAUCCUUUCCUUGCAGGUUAUUUAUUGAGUGAACACCCCCCCCAUGCUAAGUUUCAGAAUACUGGUCUUCUGGGUUUUUGCUUUUUAAGAGGUGUGGGAGCAAAGGAAUGGAAACAAUCAUCAGUUCUUGAGCUAGGGAAAGUCAGAGAUCCUUUAGUCUUUUUAAAGGAGCAGUGCUGCCCUAGAUAAAUUUACAAUCCCUCCAUCAUUUUUUUUUAGUUUUAAUUAAUUCAAAGAAGAGAGCAUAUCUGUGGUGAACUAUUUUCCACUCAAAUUCUGAGUCACUGUUGCAUGCUUCAGUUUCUUCUUUUCAGCAUUUUGAGAACCUUAAAGCCAAUGUCUGCAAUCUUUGUUUGAAUAUUUAUACUUUUAGAUAUACAGUACCUUUAGCAGUGUGGGACAAGGCUUGUAAAUGUUUUGUCUAAUGUUCCAUUGUUACCUUUUAUGCAUUUAUCACUCUUCUAAAUCUAACUUUGCACAAGUAACCCAUGUAAAAAAAAUGUACAUUUUUCAAAACUUGUAAAUAAAAAUAACCUUAAAAUUU